AUGAUCAACGAGGUAGGCACCACCUUUCUCCGCCUCUGGACUCGCCCCGCUGCGGACACCCCUGGCUGACCUGUCUCACUGCAUGGCCGUACACCCUGCCCUCACCGCACUCGAUAGACCCAAGACGCACGAAUGGAUGCCAUCUCCGACUAUGGUGACGAGCUGGCAUGGGACGACGAGGUCGUAGCCAGUCAACUGGACGUGAUCGAGUCCUCGAUCGGUGCAGCUGCAGCCCCACUUGAUGCGACCCAGUCGACACCACCACCUCGGGUUGUGCCCCCGGUCGAGAUACAAGUAGAGAACACGACGGAUCAAAUACCACUGGAUCCUGAAGUGAACACCGUCAUCGACCAGGAGUAUGAACAGGCCCUUGCGGAGGCGAUGGACGACUUGAAUGGAGUCCACGAAGCGAGGGAUGCUAGGAGCUUGUGGUGAGCCGAUCAGCGCGCUCUCUCAGAGAAUGCCAUCAUGAAGAUCUUGCUCAUUCACUCCUCCCACAUCGCAGGGAACGAUAUCGCAAACGACGAGGAUGGGGUGCGCUGAGCGUCACUGAUUUGGUGGCACCGAGCUGGUGCGAGGUCCGUUCUUGUCUGACCAAGAUCAGCACAGCAAGUUACUAGAGCACUGAUGCAAGCUCUGUUUGAGCUGAUCUAGUAUCAACACACCUACCGACUCGCCUCCAAAUCCUACCUACCCCCACUCGAACGCCCUGCCGAGAUCCUCUCCAAAUCAGGCGCGACCAUCACCAUAGACCGUACACGAACCGUCGCAAGGGAGAAAAUUCUCGACGGGGGUAAAGCCGUUCACCUCAAGAUUGAGAAACAAGUCAUGGGGGACGUCGAACCCGUCAAAGUGGAUGUAGCUGGAAAGGAAGAAUGGUGGGCGCUGAGGUUCUUGAACACGAUCGUGUGCUUCGAGACGCUGGUCCGAACGGGGAGGACGGUCAGUUUCACUCUCAAGAUCCUGGGUGAUUGGAAUCAGUCCCUGAUGUUGACGAUUGAUGAUCAUAGCGUGAAAUCCCUGUGACGGGGUUCGUGGGCGAGUUCCUCGUCUCUGGCGUUAUUGAUGAGGUCGAGCGACGAGAGAUCGAGUCGAAGCCUGCGAUGAGCGAACCCAAAACACCGUCCAAGCCACAGACCCCGUCGAGCAUUCGAACAAAAAACGCCGGAGCUAAACCCGAGGUCGAUACAUCUCAGCGCAAACUCGUAUCAUUCUUCAAAUCACCGUCGUCAUCGAGCAAAACAAGCCCAGCUCCUCCCGUGGCCGAUCCGGCAAUGCCCUCGACACCCCCGGCUGAGAACCCAUCGUCUAGGUGGGGUUACAUCAUGAGUGAUACCAAAACUCGGUGAGCGUGGAGCUUGAAAAAAUCGGGUGUUGUAUCCGUCAUUUGCUGAUGACAGUUCCCAUCCUAAGCAAAACACCGACUUUGCCCUAUGAAUCCGAAUCCAAGGCCAGUCGUCUUCAACUGAUGCUUUACCACCGUCUUUUGACCUCUCUACUACUCAAGCCCACUCCUCGAUCCGAAAACACACCACUCGAUCCAAGCCCUUCGACGCGGGGUGAUCAAGCAUUCGAUUGGACACGCCUUUACGCUCAUCUUUCACUUGAUCCGAAUGUCGAGUUUGCGCAGGCCUUCGUACGAUCCAUCGAGCCGAUCCUGGAAGGCUUGUCGAUUCCGGAAUUCAGACCUAGGACGUUGGGGGAGGUGGUAAAGGGGUUGCAGUAUUUUGGGAAGAUGAUGAGUCCUUCGAAUGCGGGGAGAGGCUUCUUGGAGGACUGUUUGGAGAUCAAUUACGUCAUGAGGGAGAAGAGGCGACGUUGGGGAUGGAAGAAGAGAGCGAGGGUAGAGAGGAGGACGAGGGACAUGAAGGAGGAGGAGGAUAGGGUGGGCAGGGCGAUGAGGGAGAGCUUGGACGGGGUUACGGAUACGGAUCGGAGGGAGGCGUUGGAGUUGGAGAGGGCUUUGGAGAUGAGCUUGGAGGACAGAGAGGGGCCGGAAGACAGUGAGGCAGUAGAGGAGAGUCAGGUGGACACGAAGCACGAAGUACCGAUCGCUCCUGACGUUGGGAUGUCGGACGACACGCUUGCACUCCCGAUGCUCGAGGAAGCGUCAAAAUCGGAGGAUGCGACGGUGAUGGAAGUGGAUCAAGUCACUUCGAUGGAUUCAGGUACAUCGGGGGUCACGACGGUACCGUUGGUUGAAAUGGAAGUUGGACCGAGGUACAACCUUCGUCGGAGGCGCAAUCCGUCCGGAACAAUCGUUUCUGAAGUUGUCGAGAAAGAGAAGGAGAUGGCGACAUCGUCACUCCCUUCCUCGUCUGUGCCGAAGUUGUCAAGCCUUACUUGUUCCAACCCCAUCGAAGACGAAGACGAACCCGACGAACAUCUUGACGAAGGAACAACCAUCGGCACCCACCAUUUCAAGAACGACCCCCUCGAACUGGACACUUGGUUGGAGCACGUAAAGGGGUAUUGGAAUGGAACGAGGGAGGCGGAAGGGGUCGAUGUGGGGCAGACGAUUCGCUGUCGGUGAGUUGAGUUAGUUUGGGGGUGACUUUGGAGGUGGGCUUGUGGCUGAUAGGUUGAGAGCUUGUGUGCAGGAAUUGCGAGUUCGAGGACGAUUGCGAGUGGUUAAAGAUCAAGUCAGAGGUCCGUCAACGUUCCAUCAGAGCUGAUUAUAAGGCAUCUUUCUGACGAUACUGUAUUCCUGACUGCUUUCAGGAGACCCUCGCUGCAUCGCGCGAGAAGAGGCGCAAACUGGAACAAGGAAACUCGAAGUAA